AUGGCGUCCCAGUUGCUGCCCCUCGGUGAGGCGUGUCUCGAGUGUGCGAAGUUUGACACGGGCGAGGAGGCUAACUCAGAGCUAGAAUUUAGCGGUACCCUCGUCGGAUUCGACGAUUAUGUCAACAUGGUUUUGGAGGAUGUGACGGAAUUCGACUACUCUGGAACUCACACCAAGCUGCCCAAGAUUCUGCUCAAUGGUAAUAAUAUCUGCAUGUUGAUUCCCGGAGGCGAGGGGCCGGCUUGA